GGUGUGAUGACGUUGCGCGGCGGCCCCUACGUCAGAGGCCCGGCUGAGGAGAGCGGGGGAGGGGCGGCCGACGAGGAGAAUCUGGACGAGGAGAAGGCGGCGGUGGGUCGGGCCGGGCCGGGCCCCCGCCACCGCCAUCGCCCCGGACACCGAGGCCGAGGACACUCCGCCCUCCGGGAGACGCAGGCCAGAGAAUGCUGACGGGAGAGCCGUUUCCCUGAAGCGCAUGUUAGCAAGCCAGUUGCCGCUAUGGAUGAUCAGCAAGCUCUGAAUUCAAUCAUGCAAGACCUGGCUGUCCUUCACAAGGCCAGCAGACCGGCCGCGGCCCUACAGGAAACCAAAAGAACCAAGGCUUCCUCGCCCAAAAAGCAGAACGAUGUUCGGGUCAAAUUUGAACAUCGGGGCGAGAAAAGAAUCCUUCAAUUUCCCAGACCGGUUAAACUGGAAGAGCUGAGUUCUAAGGCCAGAGUUGCUUUUGGACAGUCUAUGGAUCUACAUUAUACUAAUAAUGAGCUGGUGAUUCCAUUAAGCACGCAAGACGAUCUGGACAAGGCCGUCGAACUGCUAGAUCGCAGUAUUCAUAUGAAGAGUCUGAAGAUACUUCUUGUAAUCAAUGGCAAGACCCAGGCAUCCAACUUGGAGCCCCUUCCCUCCCUGGAAGAUUUGGACAACACAGUAUUUGAAGUGACUGAGAGGAAAAAGCAGCUUCCUGUAAUAGGGCCCACUACUAGAGAUAGAAGCUCCCCUCCUCCCGGCUACAUCCCAGACGAACUGCACCAAGUUGCCCGAAACGGAUCCUUCACCAGUAUCACCAGCGAAGGAGAGUUCAUUCCGGAAAGUAUGGACCAAAUGUUGGAUCCGCUGUCUUUGAGCAGUCCUGAAAAUUCCGGCUCCGGGAGCUGCCCUUCCCUCGACAGCCCGUUGGACGGAGACAGCUAUCCCAAGUCGCGAAUGCCGAGGGCCCAGAGCUAUCCAGAUAAUCACCAGGAAUUCUCAGACUACGAUAUCCCAAUCUUUGAGAAAUUUGGAAAAGGGGGCACUUACCCAAGAAGAUACCACAUUUCCUUUCACCACCAAGACUAUAGUGAUGGCCGGAAGACGUUUCCGCGGGCCAGGAGGACCCAAGGGACCAGCUUCCGGUCCCCGGUGAGCUUCAGCCCCACCGAGCGCUCGCUGAGCACCAGCAGCGGGAGCAGCAUCUUCACCGCGGAGUACGAGGAAAACCGGACCAGGAGGCGGGGCAGCGACAUCGACACCCCCGCUCUGACCGUGAUGGACAUCAGCCCCCCCAGCCGCUCACCGAGAGCGCCCACCAACUGGAGAUUGGGCAAGCUCCUGGGACAGGGAGCUUUUGGCCGAGUAUACCUGUGUUACGACGUGGAUACAGGAAGAGAACUGGCCGUCAAACAAGUUCAGUUUGACCCCGAUAGUCCAGAGACCAGCAAGGAAGUAAACGCCCUCGAGUGCGAGAUUCAGUUGUUGAAGAACUUGCUGCAUGAGCGAAUCGUUCAGUAUUAUGGCUGCUUGAGGGACCCCCAGGAAAGGACCCUUUCCAUAUUUAUGGAAUAUAUGCCCGGGGGUUCCAUUAAGGAUCAGUUGAAAGCGUACGGGGCUCUCACCGAGAACGUGACUAGGAAAUAUACCCGCCAGAUUCUGGAGGGUGUCUACUAUUUGCACAGUAAUAUGAUUGUACAUAGAGAUAUUAAAGGAGCAAAUAUUCUGCGGGACUCAGCGGGCAAUGUGAAACUGGGAGACUUUGGCGCCAGCAAGCGGCUUCAGACCAUCUGCCUGUCUGGAACGGGAAUGAAGUCCGUCACCGGGACCCCUUACUGGAUGAGCCCCGAAGUCAUCAGCGGAGAAGGGUAUGGCAGGAAAGCCGACAUCUGGAGCGUAGGUUGCACUGUGGUAGAAAUGCUAACUGAGAAACCCCCCUGGGCCGAGUUUGAGGCGAUGGCCGCCAUCUUUAAGAUCGCCACUCAGCCCACCAACCCAAAGCUGCCGCCCCACGUCUCGGACCACACUCGAGAUUUCCUCCAGCGGAUCUUUGUGGAGGUCAAGCUGAGGCCGUCGGCGGACGAACUCUUAAGGCACACGUUCGUGCAUUACCAUUAGCAGCCGGCGAGCCUGCCUCGUUGCCUCCAUCCGAGCACGCGUCCACUGCGUCUGAGUCCUCUCUGAUGGCACUUUUUCUGAAGAGAGAGAGAGAGAGAGAGAGAGAGGGAGAGAGAAGACAAGAGGGAAAGUGUUUCUCUCGAUUUCAUGUAGAAUGUAAGGGAAAAAAAAAAACCCUAAAUUUUUGUAUAUGUAAAAAUCUCUUUUCCCCUACCAGGACUUGAAUUUUUAUAAUGUACUGAUGUGGUUAAAGAGAUGAAGCACUUUAGUACAUAGUCAUUCCUUAUUUAAAGAACAAAGAAAAAACGGUCUGCAAAGCUUAAGAGU